AACCCGGCGAGCGCGUGGGGGCGGGGAGGCGAGCGCGCAGAGCUGGCGGGCACCCCCGCGGCCCCCGGCCCCCCAGCCAUGUCGGCCGAGGAGAUGGUGCAGAUCCGCCUGGAGGACCGCUGCUACCCGGUGAGCAAGAGGAAGCUUAUCGAACAGAGCGACUACUUCCGCGCCCUCUACCGCUCCGGCAUGCGCGAGGCCCUGAGCCAGGAGGCCGGCGGCCCCGAGGUGCAGCAGCUGCGCGGCCUCAGCGCCCCGGGCCUGCGCCUGGUGCUGGACUUCAUCAACGCCGGCGGGGCCCGCGAAGGCUGGCUCCUGGGCCCGCGGGCGGAGAAGGGCGGUGGGGUGGAGGAGGAAGAGGAGAUGGACGAGGUGAGCCUGCUGGCGGAGCUGGUGGAAGCGGCCUCCUUCCUUCAGGUCACGUCUCUGCUGCAGCUGCUGCUGUCCCAGGUGCGGCUCACCAACUGCCUGGAGCUGUACCGCCUGGCGCAGGUGUACGGGCUGCCCGACCUGCAGGAGGCCUGCCUGCGCUUCAUGGUGGUCCACUUCCACGAGGUGCUGUGCAAGCCCCAGUUCCACCUCCUGGGGGCUCCUCCUCAAGCCCCCGGGGAUGUCAGCCUGAAGCAGAGGCUGAGAGAGGCCCGGAUGACCGGGACUCCCGUCCUCGUAGCCCUGGGGGAUUUCUUGGGAGGGCCCCUGGCCCCUCACCCCUACCAAGGGGAGCCCCCGUCCAUGCUCAGGUAUGAGGAGAUGACUGAACGUUGGUUUCCGCUGGCCAACAACCUUCCUCCCGACCUGGUGAACGUCAGGGGUUACGGGUCCGCCAUCCUGGACAACUACCUCUUCAUAGUGGGCGGGUAUAGGAUCACUAGCCAGGAGAUCUCGGCUGCGCACUCCUACAACCCCAGCACCAACGAGUGGCUCCAGGUGGCCUCCAUGAACCAGAAGAGGUCUAACUUCAAACUUGUGGCUGUUAACUCAAAACUCUAUGCCAUUGGUGGGCAGGCCGUUUCUAAUGUUGAGUGUUACAAUCCUGAGCAGGAUGCCUGGAAUUUUGUGGCACCCUUACCAAAUCCUUUGGCUGAGUUCUCUGCGUGUGAGUGUAAGGGAAAAAUUUACGUCAUUGGAGGAUAUACCACCAGAGACCGCAACAUGAACAUUUUGCAGUACUGCCCCUCGGCCGACAUCUGGACACUCUUGGAAACCUGUGAUGUCCACAUUCGUAAGCAGCAGAUGGUAUCUGUUGAGGAGACCAUCUACAUCGUGGGCGGCUGUCUGCAUGAACUGGGGCCCAACCGGAGGAGCAGCCAGAGUGAGGACAUGCUCACCGUGCAGUCCUACAACACGGUCACGCGGCAGUGGCUCUACCUCAAAGAGAACACGUCCAAAUCGGGUCUUAACUUGACUUGCGCGCUUCACAACGAUGGCAUCUACAUCAUGAGCAGAGACGUGACCCUGUCCACCAGCCUGGAACAUCGAGUUUUCCUCAAGUACAACAUCUUCUCAGACAGUUGGGAAGCAUUCAGGCGUUUCCCAGCCUUUGGACACAACUUGCUGGUCUCCUCUCUUUAUCUGCCCAAUAAAGCAGAGACAUGACUGAACUGACUUAGGAUUUAAAAGAAACCUGGUUCAAGGCAGAAAAAGAAAAAAAAAAUGUAGUGUCCCAUUUCCAGGGAGGCUGAUUUCUAAAAGGAAAACGUGGGUUGAAGUAGGUCACAUGUACAAUAGCUGUAAAUAAGCUUACUUGAACUAAUUACUUGAAAACUUGUGGAGAAAAGAGACCAACUUUAUUAUUUUUUUAAUUAUUGAUUUUUAAAUGAUGGGAGCAAAUCCAUGAUAAUAUUUUCUUCCAAAUAUGGUACCCUUGGGCCAGUGACUGAAACUGAUCAUCAAAAAGAAGAUUCACUGUGUCUGCUUUAGUAAAGGGCCAAAGUCAAUAGUUGACGUGAAUGGUAAAGAUCAUUUUAAAAUCCGUUUUAUUUCGGUCACUUGAAAUAUCAUUAAUACCUUAAGGGAGAGAUUUUUAUUGUUGUUAUUCAUUUACCUGACAAACAUUUAUAUUAACACUGUCAUUCACCCCUUUUCUCCCCUGUUCAUACCCACAUAUACUUCCAGUGGUUUAAAAAUAGGGUUGUAUGUUUAAUUAUUUUAUUUGCACACUGCUUUCCAGGAAACUUACAAUGAUGGAGCCCUACAGUGAGUCCUUGCAAGAAUCCAGUCCUCCCAAAACCUUUCUUAAAAACAUUCUCAGCUAUUUUUCCAAACUUUUUUGCAAUUAUGUGUACUGAAUAGACAGAUGUAACCUCUUAUUUCAUUUAGGUGGCAGAUUGCAAAUUUAUGUGGUCAGAUAAGUUACAUUGCUGGGCAAUUGUUUUAAACAAUUGUAUUGUUUAAAAGAGAGGAUAUAUUGUUUAGAAGGAUGGAGAUAUAUAUAUAUAUAUUUUUUAAAUCAAGUCUUAGAUUUAAAUGGGAAGGGAAGGAAAGACC